ACUCGUCCAAUCACUUUGGUAGAGUCGUGUAUGCGUAUGCACAUGGAUGCGAGAACAUCACAGCGAGCCCCCAUCACACUUUUACAGGUGAAUUAUUAUUGGUAAAGCGGUCGGCGCGUGUGCUUCGUUACGGAGAGGAGAGAAUGACUUAUUUUAUUUCUUGAAAACAUCUCGGAUUUACUCUUUCCAAUAUGGAUAAUUUACGGAAUUGUAUUAUAUUUAUUGUUUUGUGUGCAUGGACUUCAUAUGCAAAAGAAGUUAAAUUAUACGACAGUAAUGCCUUUUCAGGCUUAUAUUGGACUGUAUAUCCACCCCAAGAUCCCGAUUCUCAAACAUAUGUGGGGUGGACGGAGUCUGGAGCAAGUUAUGAAAGGAUUUUCCAGACGUGUCAUGUGAGUGAUCCCAGAGACAACUGGCUUCGGAUGCCUUAUAUCGAGAGGCAGGGAGCAAAUAGAAUUCAUGUAGAAGUCAAGUUCACAAUGUACUCAUGUACUGGCAUCGUAGAUGCGCAACUUUGUAAAGAAACCUUUGAUGUGUAUUUUUAUCAGUCGGACACGGACGAAGCGACGGAAACGUCUCCGGACUGGACUGCUCCGCCGUAUCAGAAGGUCGCAAGGAUAGCGGCCGAGGGCCGAUUCUCGGAUCCCGACACGCUCGAUGAGGAGGUCGUCAACGUGCGGAUCGAGAACUUCGGGCCCGUCACGGCCAACGGAUUCUACAUCGCGUUCCGCGACCAAGGGGCGUGCAUGGCCCUGCUCCAAGUGCGUAUAUUUUACCAGGUUUGCCCGCAGGUGGUUCGGGACUUUGCGAUUUUUAACCAGACCAACGAGGGCCCCGAAACGCACACGCUUGUGACGGUGCCGGGGACUUGCGUGAAGAAUGCUCAGCCGGUACCGCCGGGCAGCACGCCUCAGUAUAUUUGCCAGAAUGAAGGGAUUUGGUCCCUGAACCAAGGAGGAUGCGGAUGCUCGCCUGGAUACGAGGCAAGCGCAGACAGGACUAGAUGUGAAGGUAAGUCCCAUGAAUUCAUUUGCCAUACAUCCAUUUCAUGGAAUAAUUGCAGCUCUUUAUUUUCCGUUUGUAAUAAGCACUGCUCAUUGGAAGGGGUAUUCAGAGCACGGGUUGUAGAACCUUUUGGUCAGAAAGGUAUUCUGCUGUGAAAUAGAAUGACAAAA